AUGGAACUGGAAAAACUAAUACAAUCCAAUCCCUCAUUCCAAGAUGCUAAGGCUUUGGUUAUCAUAGACUCGCAGACAGGACUGUCACUGGGCCAUAUCGGUGACUCUUCCAAUGAAAGCGUCGAACAACUUUCCGGUCUGAUUAAGGAGAAGGGUGCACAGAUUUUUGACUCCGACGGGUUUGGCUGUGUCGGGCUUGGGGACCGUAAGGUGAGUCUGUAUGCUAAGGAUGGGAUGAUAGUUGGUGUGUACAACUAA